UUCACCAACAAUUGUGAUAUCAUUUCAGUCUCCCUUGUGUCACAGAUUUGUCACAGUCUAUAGCCACAUAACUGCCAUAUGUGGGGUGAAAUCUUUGCUCCAGGUCACAGAUAAGGCACCCCUAACAGUUUUUCCAAUGAUAUUAGAUUUGGAUUGAAAGCACAUAGGCGUUCAAUAAUUCUACAUAAUUAAGGCAAGGUAGAUCAGAUAUUAACAUGGUCAGGCCAUUUCACGCAGCAUCAGUAGCAAGGGUUAUGUAAAUGCUUAAUAGAACCGGCUAUUAUUAUUGAGCUGGCUUCGACUGGAAAAACACCACAAUCACCACAAGUCAAUAUUUUUUUUGUUAUUGUCCAGUGUUUGGUAGUGUUGAGAAUGCUGCUGAUCCAAAACAGAGUUAAAUUUACCUAGCAGUUUUGUACAAGUCUGUCUGUGCAUGACAGAUAAACAGGUUGGGAAGAUAAAUCAAUAAUUCUUUUCGUACCUUAGGAUAGGAAUGACCAUGAUUUUAAUAUCUGGAAACAUUCUAUACAUGAUUCAGGGGCAAUGACAGUUGGUGACAACAUCUGUAAAUGUGAGAAAAGAUGACAUUUCCUUAUGGACAUGUCUCAAUCAAGAAAUCAAGGUCAGAAGACAAUGUCCGAAUUAGUGAAGCUGUGAUUGUGAAUUUGGAUACUGUGACCAACGCGAUUUGGAUGCUGUGACCAACAUCUGAGUUUCACUUUGUACACUGAUAUUUCCCUUUCAUCAGUUUUGUGAAUUGAUAUAAGAAUUUUUAACUGCUUCAAGAUGUCUUCGAAUGGAAGUUUUCUAAACUUCAAAUAUCCUAUUGGUCCACAUGAUUCUACCAUGGAAAUAAACAAUCACUUUUCUCCGGUCAGUCGGAAGACAGAAAUUACUCCAUCUCCACUCGCCUCCCCGGUGUUAAGUCGCCGCCCACCACAGAGUAAUUACUUCCCAGACCAUCAGCUACAGCAACAGAUUGCAUCAUUGAAACAACAGCAGGAUUUGCAGCAACAACUUUUACUACAACAGUUCCAGCAACAGCAGCAACAGUUAGCACAGGAACAUGAACAGCAGCUUCAGGAACACAUCAAGGUCAACAUGCAUCUGGUUCUACUCCAAAAACAGCAGGAGUUUAUUGAACAACAGAAGAAGUUAGAAGAGCAACAUAGACUUGAAAAGGAACUAUUGGAAAAGGAAAGACUAGAACAGAUAAAGAAUAAAAAUAAGAAUGAAGAGAGUGCCAUAGCAUCUUCAGAGGUAAAACAAAGACUCCAAGAAUUUGUUUUGACGAAGAAACAAAGAGAAGCUGCAGCACGGAACUCUCCACCACAAUAUCGGCAUUGGGCUGAUCAAAGUUCACCACCACAGACAGGGUUGUCUCCCCCUUACGGGCCACAUUUAUUAGGAAAAUAUGAAGAUGACUUUCCGUUACGGAAAACAGCCUCAGAACCCAAUCUUAAAGUGCGCUCUGCUCUGAAGCAGAAAUUGGAAAGCCAACGGAGAAUUACUCACAGCCCGAUUCUCCGAAGGAAGGAAAAGCUGGGACAAGCUUAUCUCAAACGUAAAACUCCGUUAUCAAUCGACUGUAGCAGUAAUUCUGAUUCGGGCCCUAACUCCCCCUCCAGCGGUCCCCACGGGAACAUGCCAAAUGGAAGUCUUGCACCUCUUCACUCCAAGGAGGAGAACGGAGCUUACCCAUUCUUGUCAGUCUACAGAUCCAUGGGAUACCAUGGUACAAACGAUCUCUACCCAUCACCAUCCAUGCCUAACAUAUCAUUAGGUCGCCCACCCUCAUCAUCACAGGGAUCAAAUAGUAACAGUUCAUCAGGGCCAUCAGAGUCAGAUCUAAGGGCCAUGGAAGCAGCCCGACAUGCGAUUCCUCUCUCUGGCCACCACAUGCAUGGAGCACUUCCAUUUUACCCAUCUUUACCAGCUAUAGACGGAGAAUUUAAUCCUCAAACAAAUCCAACAUACAUAUCUGCACAUGUAAAAGCAUUAGAGGAAGCACGCAGCCAAAGUCAGGGUAAACUGCAACAGAUGCCAAUGGGGGCCAGCCCCUACACUGCCAUUCCUGGGGCAGCUGUCCCACCUGGUAGUGCCGCUUCUGAGGCUCACCAGGCACAAAUUCAUAGGCACAAAAAAUUAGGGCGAACACAGUCAGCACCGUUACCCCUAGGCCACCCAUACCUACAGCAGCACAUCCUGCAACAACAACAGCAGCAACAGCAACAACAACAACAACAACAGCAGCAGCAACAACAACAACAGCAGGAGAAGAAAAUGAAGGAGAAGAUGUUCGUAAAGCAACACAUACGCCAGGCAGUAUUACAGCGGGCCAACAGCAAGACACACAUGGAAAAUGUGGAUGAGGAAACGGAGGCCAAACUACAGCAGGAAAUGCGAGAAACAAGGGAACAAAAUGAAUGUAUUGUCAUCAAAGAUAACAAAAUGGAUGACUCGUCAAGUAUGGAGAAGACACCAGAUCGAGAAACAUUCCCUGCCCACCAUCGUGAGGCUGUCCGACCGCGACACAAAGGACCUUCCCACCACCGCCCACUCGCACGCACACAGUCUAGCCCACUCGUCACUUUUUCAAUGCCCCCUCAGCAGCCCUCGGAGUCCAGCCCAGUUAGAUACACUUUUACAACAGGGUUAGCUUAUGACUCGAUCAUGCAGAAGCAUGAGUGUACGUGUGGUAACAAUGCCAAUCACCCAGAGCAUGCUGGUCGUUUACAGAGCAUCUGGUCUCGUCUCCAGGAACGUGGUCUCAACACUCGCUGUGAGAGAAUUAAAAGUCGAAAAGCUACGAUGGAGGAAUUAAAAAGUUGUCAUACAGAGGCCCACACAUUACUAUAUGGUACAAAUCCCCUAAACAGACAAAGGCUUGAUCCUCGCUUGUUUGAAAAUUCACGUUUUUGUUUGUUACCAUGCGGAGGUGUAGGAGUAGACUCAGACACUGUAUGGAAUGAACUAAAUACAUACAUUGCCGCUCGAACAGCUGCGGGCUGUGUAACAGAAUUAGCUACCAGAGUUGCCGCCGGAGAGUUGAAGAAUGGUUUUGCCAUUGUACGGCCACCUGGACACCAUGCAGAAUCUCACCAAGCUAUGGGCUUCUGCUACUUCAACUCGAUAGCUAUAGCUGCCAAACAGUUGAGGGAAAAAUGUAAACAAGAAAGAGUUCUAAUUGUCGACUGGGAUGUUCACCAUGGAAACUCCACACAGCAGAUGUUUUAUAGCGACCCCAACGUGUUGUAUAUUUCAAUGCAUCGUCACGACAAUGGCAACUUUUUCCCAGGCACUGGCUCUCCGGGAGAAUGCGGGGAGGGAAAGGGACUUGGAUUCAAUGUCAAUAUUGCCUUUGGAGGUGGUCUGAACCCACCAUUAAAGGAUGCGGAAUAUCUGGCAGCAUUUAGAACGUUAGUGAUGCCAAUAGCCAAGGAAUUCCGCCCUGAAAUGGUGUUGGUGUCUUCGGGAUUUGAUGCAGCUGUGGGUCACGCGGCUCCUCUUGGGGGAUAUGAAGUCUCGGCUGCAUGUUUUGGUCACAUGACUCGAGAGUUGAUGGGGUUGGCGGAUGGCAAGAUUAUCCUGGCCCUAGAGGGAGGAUAUGAACUAACCGCCAUUUGUGAUUGUACAGAGAUGUGUGUGAAGGCCCUUUUGGGAGACGAGCUGCCUCCGUUGAAAGAGGAAGAGCUAUGCAGGUCACCAUGCCAGUCGGCUCUUGAAACAAUAGAGGAAGUUAUCAAGAUACAAGCUAAACAUUGGAUGUGUGUAGAGCGACACCUGGCCACAGUGAGAUGUUCGCUGGUCGAAGCACAGAAGCAGGAUGUAGAAGAGGCAGACACAGUCACAGCGCUGGCGUCAUUGUCAAUGGUUGCAGGAAAGAGGAGUGAUUCUGUGGAACAGGAGUCGGAACCAAUGGAGGAGGAGCAAUCCUAACGAUUUAUCAUGUGAUCCUGAUACUGGUCCAAUACCAUUGGUUGUUGUGUUGCCUUGACGACCUUCUUGACGACCUGUCAUGAAGUGGACAGUCACUUGCUACAAUGAGCUGCAGGUCGGCGUUUUGUAGCAUGAUGGUAGUGCUUUGUGACAGUGGUGGUUACGCCCCCUGGUGGUGCUUUGUUACACUCGACAAGUCAAGAGGCAAUUUUUGUCAAUGUUGUAGCCUUAGAAUCCACAUGGUGGAUUUCAUAGCAAAGUUGUGGCAACCCCCGUGGAGUUAUCUCCCCUGACGUGAUGGUUUUUUGUGUAGAGUUGUCUCUCCUCUCCCAUGCUUUGUUUAAGAGAGAUAAACUACACAACCUGUUUAGGUGUAUGUUGUAUGACAUUAGAAAGCACACAAAGGAUUUUUGUUCGUUGUACAACUGUGUGUUACAUGACAGUGCAUUACUUGUAUUGUAAUAUUACUCUGUUAAAGGUGUAACUUGUUAAAAAAUGACCGGUGUAUUUGUACAGAAGAACAGUGGCCGACUAACCUGUACAGUGAAGCCUCCUGAGAAUUGGCUGUUGGUCGACCAGCAGGAGGAGACACGCCUGUACUCAGGAGAGUUCUGGUGCAAUUUGUGUCUGUGAUAGCAUGUUAUUAAGUAGUUACACAUCCCUUCAUGUUACAUUGUAUUUGAUUGGUUAAUCACUGUCACCUGACAUUUAGAAUGUUUAUUUUGAUUGGUUGAUAUGAUUACGGUGUCAAAAUGACAUUGUUAUUUUUUGACUCACUGAUAUACUCGGUCACAAUGAUGAGAGAAUUUAUUUUGCUUGAUUCUUUCACAAUGCCAUGUGACUGAAUCUUGUCUUUUUAUUAGUAGAUGUUCUAGUAUCAUUAGAUUUAGGAGAUCUGGAGCAUGAAGGCAGAUAUGUUCAUAUCCGUUGUAACAAGUUUUGAGACUUUUGCAAUGGAUAUAUAUAAAAAGAUUUGAUUGUUGUGUUGGUUACAUAUUGUACAAGAGAUCUGAACAGGACUGUUACAGUCAUAUAUCCCUGUUGGUGUCUUUACGGUAUAAAAUAUUCAUCUUUACAUUGAGUGUUGUCCAGUGACAUUUGUUUUCAAAGCUGUAUGUUGAAUUUCUUGAUAAUGUCUUGUACAGUAUUGAAAUAGUGAUAUAUAAUUAAUAUUUGAAUUUAUUCUAUAGUGUUGUUAGAUUUCAAAUUUUAAAAGAAUUUUUUUUUCUUGGACUCGAUUUUGACAUUUCAUUUUUUAAAUAGAUUCAGACUAUAGUUAUGGUUAAAGAAAUAUUUGAAAAAAAUUGUUUUGAUGUUGUGGUAAUAGAUCAUCAAAAUUAUGAUUAUUCUUUUUGAAUCAUUUCUGUAUAUAUUGAAUGAGAAGACUUUGUCUAUGGGUAAGAUACCCAUAUAGGCUAAAUAUUGUUUGUCUGGAUUUUUCACAAGUCACAAAUUCACCGAUGCCUUUUUCAUUCUAAUUGUGGUGUUUUAAGCUUUGGACUCAUCAAGUCAUAUUUUGAUCUUACAAUGAAAACAAUCUUUAAGAAUUUUUUGACAUUUUUAAUUAUGAAAACAAAACAUUUUACAUAUAAAUAUUAUACAUAUAUAAAUAUAUAUAUAUUUGCAAAUUGAAAUAUAGUAAUUUGUCUAUUGAUUGUUAAACAUUGUAUUUUGUAGAAUUGUUUGGGUUACCAUAGUAACUGGUGACAACAUUUUGAUUGAGUGGUAUUAUGUUCAUUGUUGACCAAUGGUCAAAUGAUUUCAACAGACACACCCUAAUGUCAUUAUAGUAUAGGCCCAAAGGCCUAACCUAAAAUGAUCUGUUAGGGUUAUCAAGUUUUUCAACAGCCCACUUUGUUAUUGAGGGUUGAAGAUUUUGAAAUUUAAUUUUUAUUGAAAAAUGCUAAGAAAUUUUGGCAAAAUUUAAUUCUUUACAUUGCUAUUAAAGGUUAAAUUUUGAAAUUUUGUAUUUGAUGUAAAAAGUAAUAUUUUUCAUAUAAUUUGAAUCUUUUGAGUAGAUCAAGAAUUAUUCAAUUAUUUUCCAGCAUAUUUUUCAUUACAACCAAGAUUUUUUUUUUGUGAAGCCAUCAAUUUGGAGCUAAAACAGCUCAAUCAAUGUGUUCUCUUUUAAACUUCAGUCAGAGGAAAUAUUUAUCCUCCUUAAAUCAAUUCAGUGUAUAAAAUAAGUUUUAACUGAUUUUGAGCCAAAAUGUUUUUACCAUUACAAGAUAUUCAUGAUAAAAGCAAUGCAUUAACUAACAAUAUGAUCGAAGCUUUGAAUUCAACUAAAGAUACAUAUUGAUUCGCCAAGUAACAAAAAUAAAAACAAAAAAUAUUCAGUCAAAAUAUAUAAAAUGAUCUCAUUAACUAAUUAAUAACAUGUUGAUUACCAGGGUAAAAAGUUUACCAUGUUUGGAGUAAAUUGAAAUCAUUUACAACAUGAAAUUCAGCUGAUAUUUUGAAAUGUUAAAAAUUAAACAUUUAUAUAUUUGAAAGGAAGAAAAUCAAAAGAUGAAAAAGGCUAAAAUAGGCCAAAUCAGUGAACAGCCAGAUAAAGUAUUAAAUACGUAGAGUAUUUUAUAAUAACAAUAUACUUGCCAACCUCUUGGAAUGUGUGUGUUCAAAAAUUCAAACCCCAUAAAAGGACAUCCAUUUACCUCUUCUUGACAAUAUCUUGACAAUACCUUAAAACAAUAUAUUAUAAAUCACUGUUUUUGUUUGAUUAAUUGGAAUAUUAAAAAAAAUAUAUAGGGUCCAAAUUUGUGAGUCUCCCUCCAUGAUAGGGAAGGUUGGCAGUUGUAUCAGAGAAUGUAUUUGAUAGCACUUGGACAAUUUUUUGAAAGACAAUACAUUUUUGAUUGUUCAUAAAGUGUUGCAUCUGUGUUGGGAACAAUUUCAGUAGGUAUUUUUGAUUUUUUUUCAGUUUGACUUUUUAUAACUUAGUAUUAACAGUUUCUGGUAGAAGUAUCAAUUCAAAAGUUUUUUCUUUAGAUCUUUUUUUUUUUUAAUUAUUGUCAUGUACAUGAUGUUUUAUUCAAAAUACAUGUACAUAGAAUCUUUCUACAUUGUUAAAUUGAUUUUUAAAGUCUUUUGGAACACUUUGAAAGUAGAUAAUGAAAUGGAAUUUUCAUACGUUCAUGUACAAUAAAUUCCUAAUAUUUUAUUGAUAUCAACCACGGAAUGCAAAAUCUUUACCUUGGGUCAGACUUUGCCUCAGACUUUAAUAAAAUGUUUCCAAUUCAGAAAUUGAAUCUUAUUGUCUAAUGAAAAUUUUACCAAGCUUGCAAAAUGUCUUUAAUUUAGAUGCAGAACUUUAAUCAAUUUUUAAAAAAAACAACCAAUGCUUCAGAUUCAGAAAAUGGCGCUGGGGACUUUGAAUAUUCCUCUUGAAACACAAUAAUAUGUAUCUAUAAUAUAUUCACCCACACGGAUGUGACGUCAGGUUAUGUUGCAAUUUUAAACUUUCAGAUAGCAUUUAAAUUUGGACCAGAUUGUUUUGUGAUGUAGUAUUUGACUUUUAUAACAGUCAAGUCUGUGUCACAAUAAUAUUUUAUUACAUGUAAUUAGUUAAAAGUGUAUUUUCCCACUUAAUUCAAAUAAAAGUAGCAAUAUUUAAAUAAUUCUUUCUUUUUCACUUCAGUGUUUUGAAAUUUACACGUGUGCCUGACAGUGAAAUAUGACAAUGUCUUAUUACAGACCUUGAGUGUAUAAUUACCAGCCAAACUUUCCCUUAGCUUUUUGUCUGUUAAUUGUCAUGUGCCCGAUGAAAUCAAUUAGCAAUUUUUUUCUAAUAGUUUGCUUUACAUUGUCCAUGUUGUAAUCUGGCCAAACAUCUUUUGGUUCACUUGGUAAUGUAAUGGGUUUUUCCCUCAGAAACUGAAGUUGGUUUGAUUUUGAAGAAAAUUGCUUUUUGUAUAUUAAGUGUAUUGAGAAUAGUGUUUUUAUUUUUUUUUUAUUUUAUUUUUUUUUUAUUUUGUAAAGAUUGUUGUAAUUGCAUUGAUCACAAAGAUAGUGAGUGACAUGAAAGUAUUAAUUAUGAUGAUUUAUAUGGACAAUUCAUGUAUCAAAAUCACAUUCUUCUUGUUAAAUUUCAAGGGGGAAAAAUACCAGCCAAAAUGUUCUGAUUUCCAAUCGACAACAUUUACAUUAUAACAUGUUACUUGAAAAAUCAAUAAGCAUCAGAAAUGUAUUUAACUAUUCAACAAUUUGCCAUACGCAAAAUCUUUUGCUAAAAUUUUUGAAGUUCUUCACCAGAGUGAAGUUUUGACAACACAUAUACAUUUUACUUACCUCUAUAAUAAAACACAAAUCGUCAACGCUCUUGUUAGCAUCUGCCAGUAAAAAAAAGAAAGUCAGCAUUUUGAAGAUCCAUAAAUCCUGAACAUGUAUUGAUCAUUCAUCAUUUUAUUCUGAAUCAUUUAAAUCAAAUUUAGAUAUUAAUUUCAUUCCAUACUGCAAAAUUUAUUACAAUUCCAUUGUGUUUGGUUGUUAAGUCAGAAAAUUUUCAAUCUUCCAUACUCAUAGACAUUGAUAUAAGAUCCAGCUAUUUAAAGACAAAGUCAGUUAUUUAUUGCCUUUUUAUAUUGGAAUACUCAUCAGGUCCAUUUCAAAAUCUGCUGACUUCACUCACCCAGUUUUCUUAAGCAUAAAGUUAGAAAUCAUUAUUGUAGCAUUUACACCUCAAAGUCAUGACGAAAUUAUAUAUAUAUACAUAACUAAAGACAUUAUCACUAAGCGAAAAGGUCACAACCAAUUCAAAACAACAAAUUUGCAUUUUUUACCACUUUGUUUUAAGAUGUUCCUGCAAAUUCAUGUUUGAAGUAUAUAUUAUAAGCCUUCGUUGGAAGUAGUGCUACGUUUUAUAUACAAUGCUAUGUCUCUUGUUUAAUUAUAAUGUAAAAAUUCUUGUCAUAAUUUGUGAAGUAAACAAAUGUGUUUACAGUCAGA